GGACACUCUCCCAAAUCCUUGUGCCUCCCUUCCUUAACAGAACCCUACUGUUAGUCUCUGCAUUUGCAUACCUUCAACCUCAAAAAAACCAAAACAAAUUAAAUAAAAAAGAAUGGAGAUCUCCCCAUUUCAUCCUUAUUCUUGGGACAUUCUAUACAAUCCAUACAUGUUCUUACCAUACUUCCAUAAGCCUGAAAACUAUGUACACUGGAGAGAAACUCCUGAUUCUCAUGUCUUCUCUGCUGAUCUUCCAGGGGUGAGGAAAGAAGACAUUAAGGUGGAACUAGAGGACUUGAAGUACCUAAUAAUUCGAACCGAGGCCGGUGAUAAUACCGUCGAUCCUCCGAGGAGAUUCAUGAAGAAGUUCCGGCUUCCAGGAAGAAUUGAUCUUGAUGGAAUAUCAGCUGGGUAUGAGGAUGGUGUUCUUACAGUAACUGUGCCUAGAAGAGCAAAUAUGUACCGGAUCUCUCAUUUUGGAAUCAGACUUUUCUCUUGAGGAUAGUGAAGACGUGCAAGAUAGUGAUUUUACUGUGGAAUGGUUUGCUAUUGAUUAUUAUAGGGGGCAGAAUCUUGUUCAACAGAUUCCUUGUAGGCGGCCAACGUGAGCCGCCAUGGCCUAGUACAUGUCUUAGUCAAGCUCUCUAUCAACUUGUACUUGUACACCACUAAUCAUUCGCGAUCAUCCAAAAAAAGCUCCACUUGCGUGGUUGAGCACGCUAAACAACUGUUAAUCACCCAAAUUGCCAAUCAAGUUGCAGCUUAAGAAACUCCCACUAGUUCUAAUCAAAGAAUUAAUUAAGUUUGCUGUCAAAAAGAAAAAGAAUAAAUUAAGUUAAAGCUGAUUAUUGUUUAUUUCUCUGUAUUGUUCCCUCUCCUUGCUGCAUUACAGGGAAGAGAUUAUGCUAAAUGUGUAUGAAUUUCGCAUUAACAAAAAUAAAAUUAUCGGCUUAUGAAACUACCAUUUAUCAAAUCAAAGA